AUGACUCGCGGAGUAGCCGGAAUAUCUGAAAAUGAUCUCGGCAUUGUGAAGUUUGGCAAACAGGGUAUUCGAAUCACGCCAGUGAAUGUCCGUCGAGCAAAGGCAAAUGUACGCAGCAGCGAUAUUGUAGAGAAUAGAUGUUGGUCUUUCCGCGAAGAGCGUUUUGUGUUGGCGGAAGAAGAUAUGUCAAAUGGAUCUAUGGUCGGAGAAGGCACGAGAGGUGCAGACUGA